AGGUAGUCAACUACAAAAUGGAUACUUGGGAAACGGAACUUUUAAUAUCUAAUCACUACGUUAAGCUCGCAUUCUUUGUAUCGUGAUAGAAGUGAGGUAAGAGGGGUCCCAAUCAUGCGGCGAGCAACGAACCUUUUACCGCGGAGUAUAGCGCAAACGACAUACCCGCCGACCUCAUUUGUAGGUACCUUUCGAAAUAGAACUGCACCGCAAUUUUCCAUAAAACAUACCUCUCCUUCAUUUCUUCGCACAUUUACUUCGACGGAUAUAUGGAGAAAGGAGGAUCACACAGAUAAGGCCAAGGAACUAAAUCAAAAGGAAUUAGGCAAGGAAGAAGACUGGUUCAACAAUCAGAUCGAUGAUACGAUUGGUAAACAGAAGGAAAUACAAGCAAGAACGCCAUGGCAUAGAGAAGGCUCCAAUGAACCUCCUGUGAGGAGAAAUAGAAGUGCUGGGGCUAUGACAAAAGGUUUCGUGGUCCGAUUCUCCCUAUACUUUUGCUAGCAACGUCUCUAAUGGAAAUCCCGCAGGCAAACUCCUUACCACCCCAUCACGGCUUCUGAAGCUUAUUCUACCUCUCACCACGCUGGACAAAAACUCUGAUCGUAAAGAUAUAGAGCCAUUAGCUCUCCUCGUUCAUCCUCAACAGCCUCUCUCCUACCUCGAACGCCUUAUCCAGUCUGAAUUACCAAUGAUCACUGCAAAAGAUGGACAUACAGAAAAGGUACCCGCAGUGCAUUUUCGCGCCCAAGACUCGACACAAGAUGAAAUCAAAGCCGAUCAUAGAAAGGAUAUAGAUGAAGAUGUAGAUGUAGAAGAAGGUACAGACGAACAGAUGGUGGAUGGGAAAAUCAUGAAGCUUGGAAAGAUUAGCAGCUCCAAAGAUAAAAGCAUUUCGCAGAAAGAGAAAGAACAAAUACGAAGUGAUCUACGAGGAGGGCCUGGCGAAGGAGGAGUGGAAAGUUAUUCAGGAAGUGGACGUGAACGAUCUUCUGAAGGGGAAGUAAAAUUCGUGCGCUGGUCUUCGUCGACUGAGAUAGGAGAUUUCAUUCGCGAUGCUGCGCGGGGAAAGGAAUUUGCGGUGGAGAUUGAAGGGUCAUCUCGGGAGAUUAGAGUCGGGGUGCCAUCGUUCAACGAUCGGACUCAUUACUUGAGAGUUCGUCUACGGAAGAAGAGCAGGAAACUCGCCGAUUAUGCAAAAAUCAAGAAAGAGUGUGAUGAACUUGCACAUCGAGGAGCGCGACACCUUGCGAUGGGUGGUCUUGGCCUGCUGGUUUCCUGGUGGGCCGGAACCUUCUUCCUUACCUUCCUGACUCCUAUUGGAUGGGAUACCAUGGAACCUGUCACUUAUUUUGCAGGAUUAUCAACUAUUAUUCUGGGUUACUUAUGGUUUCUCUACCACAAUCGCGAAGUUUCCUACAGAGCUGCGCUCAAUUUGACGGUUUCGAGAAGACAGCGAACGUUAUAUCAGGCAAAGGGGUUUGAUUUACAGAAGUGGGAAGCGGUGAUUGAAGAGGCAAAUGCGUUGAGGAAGGAGAUCAAGAACAUUGCUGAUGAAUAUGAUGUGGAUUGGGAUGAGAAGGCUGAUGAGGGAAGUGAGGAGGUGCACGAUGCGUUGAAGGCUGAGAGGAGAAAGACUAAGAGGAAAGAGAAGGAGGAUGAAGGGGAGGAGCCGGAAGCAGAGGAGCGAGAUGAGGAAGAUAAGGAGAAGAGAAAGGAUGAUUAAUUGCGUAUAUAUUGAUAAAUGGAUGGAGAUGGGAGUUUUUGAGUAUACAUACUCGGUAGUGCAUAGCAUGUUUAGAGGAUUUGAUUUUAUACCAUAGCAUAGCGUUUAGGAAAUAAUAGAAACAAUCAUAUAAGAUUCACAACAAAUCUUCCAAACAACUACAGUCCCUUUCCCUCCCCCCAGCCAGCCAGUCCAUCUCUAAACACAACCUCACCACCCAUCCACCCCAAAACAAACCCAACUCAUCCUCUCAUCAAAAUGUCAUAAAAGCUCCGCAAACCCAGGCAUCACCACGAAUCCGCUCCGCCUCGGUCAAAAUUUAUACCCAUCUACCUAGCUAUAAAGACAGAUAGAUAGAUACAAACCGCGUCACCAGAUAUUAUAGAUCAUUCUAGCAUGCAAAUAUGACCGACUAGCCAGUUGAUGAAUGGUAUCAAGCGGUUGAUUUAAUCAUGCGAUUUAAGU